GGGGAGGACCAGAAAUCAGGUUAUCAAUUCUCUGCCUGAUGAUUUUCAUCCUGGGACUGACUUUUGUGGAAUUCCUUGGAUAGUUAUCAUUAUUGUGUUUCUGGGAAUUUCUACACUUGCCAUUUUCCUCUGGAAAACUAGCCUUUGUGAAUUAAAUUUGGCCUGGAAGACCUCUUUACUUCAUGGAGACAUAUGGAAGCCAAAGUUCGAGCUGAAGUCUGUAAGGUGACAAGGAAGGUCAACAGUCAUUACAAAAUCAAUGGACAGAGGAAGACUGCCGAGGAAGAGAAACAAAACAUGAAAGAAUGUGAGCAAGCAGAAAACGAGAGGCAGCUAUCAGAGGCAGAGGAGAAUGGGAAAUUGGAUAUGAAAGAAAUACACACCCAACUGCAACCGUUUCAACGCACGCAAGAGUUGCAGCGGCGGGCAGAGGACUACUACAGAUGCAAAAUCGCCCCUUCUGCAAGAAAGCCUCUUGCCAACUCAGGAAGUUUGUUUGUUUUCCUUGCUUUUGGACAUAGUCUGCCAGGUCAGGACAUGGAUGUAUUUUUCUCCCCACACCUCUGUGCUCAAGCCUUGCAAAGGUGGAUGGCAGAGAGGAAGGCUGCCUACAAGCGGCACAGGUGUGAAAUGAGGCAAAAGCAGAGAGUGCCAGAGAGACACAUGAGUCAGGAGCUAGUCCAGGGACGACCGGGCCUACAGAAUCCUUUCUGGAGGGAUUCAGGACCUCAUUGGGUUCCCAUGAGGAACAGCAGCGGCGUCCCAGCUGAAAACACAGAGAAGACAAAGGCACCUCCCAUCGAGCGUCGUCGCCUGGGACCUGUAGCAUUUCCUCGAGCUGAUGAUUUUAGGAGACCCAAGGAACCUCCCGACUGUUUUUUCGUACCACUUCCACCUUCUCCAGUUGAUGAUUCUCUGAGCCUGAAGACACCUCCUGAGUGUCUUCUGGUACCCCUUCCACCUUCUCCAGUUGAUGAUUUUCUCACACCAGAGGAACCUCCCAUCAAGCGUCGUUGCCUGGGACCUGUAGCAUUUCCUCGAGCUGAUGAUAUCCGGAGACUCAAGAAACCUCCUGACUGUUUUUUCACACCCCUUCCACCUUCUCCAGUUGAUGAUUCUCUGAGCCUGAAGACACCUCCCAAGUGUCUUGUGGUACCUCUUCCACCUUCUGCAGUUGAUGAUUUUCUCACACCAAAAACACCUCAACUACAGUGUCACCUGAGACCUGUACCAUUUCAUCGAACUGAUGAUAUUAGGAGACUCAAGAAACCUCCUGACUGUUUUUUCGCACCCCUUCCACCUUCUCCAGUUGAUGAUUCUCUGAGCCUGAAGACACCUCCCGAGUGUCUUCUGGUACCCCUUCCACCUUCUCCAGUUGAUGAUUUUCUCACACCACAGGCACCUCCCAUCAAGCGUCGCCUGGGACCUGUAGCAUUUCCUCGAGCUGAUGAUUUUAGGAGACCCAAGGAACCUUCCGACUGUUUUUUUGCACCCCUUCCACCUUCUCCAGUUGAUGAUUCUCUGAGCCUGAAGACACCUCCCGAGUGUCUUCUGGUACCCGUUCCACCUUCUCCAGUUGAUGAUUUUCUCACACCACAGGCACCUCCCAUUGAGCGUCGUCACCUGGGACCUGUAGCAUUUCCUCAAGCUGAUGAUAUCAGGAGACUCAAGAAACCUCCUGACUGUUUUUUCGCACCCCUUCCACCUUCUCCAGUUGAUGAUUCUCUGAGCCUGAAGACACCUCCCGAGUGUCUUCUGGUACACCUUCAACCUUCUCCAGUUGAAGAUUUUCUCACACCACUGGCACCUCCCAUCAAGCGUCGUCGCCUGGGACCUGUAGCAUUUCCUCGAGCUGAUGAUUUUAGGAGACCCAAGGAACCUCCCGACUGUUUUUUCUUACCACUUCCACCUUCCCUAGUUGAUGAUUCUCUGAGCCUGAAGACACCUCCUGAGUGUCUUCUGGUACCCCUUCCACCUUCUCCAGUUGAUGAUUUUCUCACACCAGAGGAACCUCCCAUCAAGCGUUGUCGCCUGGGACCUGUAGCAUUUCCUCGAGCUGAUGAUAUCCGGAGACUCAAGAAACCUCCUGACUGUUUUUUCACACCCCUUCCACCUUCUCCAGUUGAUGAUUCUCUGAGCCUGAAGCCACCUCCCGAGUGUCUUCUGGUACCCCUUCCACCUUCUCCAGUUGAUGAUUUUCUCACACCACCGGCACUUCCCAUCAAGCGUCGUCACCUGGGACCUGUAGCAUUUCCUCGAGCUGAUGAUGUUAGGAGACCCAAGGAACCUCCCGACUGUUUUUUCUUACCACUUCCACUUUCUCCAGUUGAUGAUUCUCUGAGCCUGAAGACACCUCCUGAGUGUCUUCUGGUACCCCUUCCACCUUCUCCAGUUGAUGAUUCUCUGAGCCUGAAGACACCUCCCGAGUGUCUUCUGGUACCUGUUCCACCUUCUCCAGUUGAUGAUUUUCUGAGACCACAAACACCUCCCGUCCAGUGUCACCUGAGACCUGUACCAUUUCAUCGAGCUGAUGAUAUCAGGAGACUCAAGAAACCUCCUGACUGUUUUGACUGUUUUUUGUAUUGUUUUGUUUUGUGUUUGUUUUUUGUUUUAUUUUUAUUGUGUUGGAGGAAGGCGUCUGUUAUGUUGUUGAUUCUAUUUAUUCAUCAUUUUUGCAACACAUAAAUUCAUUUAAGUAUUGAUUGUGCACCUAUCAUAUGAUACGCAUUUUUUCAUCACUCCCCCACUCCCAGCACCCUAAGCUUUUCUCACUGUUAGAACUGCUAGUUUAUUUGUAUUUCAGUCACUUUGACUAUAAACUCCUUGAGUGUAGGUGCUUAUAUUUUUUUCACUGCUUAGCCCCCAAUUCCUGUAUAUAGUAAGCUCUUUUUUUUUUUUUUUUGUACCAAAUGCCCAAUGGCCAAUUUAUUCUGUUUCAAUAACAACUAGGCAUCAUUUUCAAAGGGCCAUAUACUGACAACAGACUGCCCAGAAAUUAUCUCCCUAUGUAGGAAAACUACAGAAGACAAGUUCUUAGACUUUUAAUGCCCAUUACAGUAGCCAUUAAUGACAGGUGACUACCGAGCCUUGAAAUGCGAUAGUCCAAAUUGAGAUGUGCUAAAAGCUUAAAUUACACACCACAUGUCAAAGCCAUAAGACCAAAAACUGUAAAAGAGUCUAGUAAUUUUAUAUUUAUUAUAUAUUGAAAUGAUAUUUGGUAUUUUAGAUAUAUUGAGUUAAAUAAAAGUUAAAUUCA